AUGAUUUUGGACAAAGAAGAUUUGGGUUUGAGUCUAAGCUUGAAUUUCCCAGCAGAAAACUGGAAUUCUUCUAGUUCUAAUACUUCACUCCAGCUGAAUCUUAUGCCUCCUUUGAUCUCAUCUUCUCCGUCUUGGCCUUCCUCAGAUCGAGAAACCAGGACGUUUCUGAAGGGUAUUGACGUUAACCGCCUGCCUACGGCGGCGGACUUGGAGGAGGAGGCCGGAGUGUCUUCACCGAACAGCACAAUCUCAAGCGUGAGUGGGAAACGGAGCGAAAGAGAACCCACCGGCAGCGAUGAGCUCGAACUCGAAAGGGACUGCUCUCGAGGCAUCAGCGAUGAGGAAGAUGGUGACGGAUCCCGAAAAAAGCUCAGGCUUUCAAAAGACCAAUCUGCCAUUCUUGAAGAAAGCUUCAAAGAACACAACACUUUGAAUCCCAAGCAAAAGGUUGCUUUGUCUAAGAGAUUGGGGCUGAGGCCUAGGCAGGUGGAAGUGUGGUUUCAGAACAGAAGAGCAAGGACAAAAUUGAAGCAAACUGAAGUCGACUGUGAGUUCUUGAAGAGGUGUUGUGAGAAUUUGACAGAACAGAACAGGAGGUUACAAAAGGAGGUGCAAGAACUAAGGGCCCUUAAACUGUCACCACAGAUGUACAUGCAAAUGACCCCUCCAACAACGCUCACCAUGUGUCCUUCAUGUGAGCGUGUCGCGGUCCCACCAAACCCGUCACCAGCGGCCCAAUUAUCUACAUCGGUCGAGCCUUUACCGUGCCAUGUAGGUCCAGUUCAAUCUCGUCCAAUCACAUUCAACCCUUGGGCUGCUGCCAUUCCACACCGGCCAUUCGAUGUGCUACGCACUCGACAAUGA